AAUCCAUAUGGAAUCUCCAAACUACUGACAUGGCGUCCCUAGCCAAGACCCACACUCCUCUCCCGGACUCAGUUCCUAUCCAUAUUGUUACCAAGGCAUCUCAGCUUCCGGAAGAAUUCCUGAACCCUUCACCUGAGAAAGAAGUGGUCAUAGGCUUCGAUUGUGAGGGGGCAGAUCUUUGUCGGCAGGGGACGCUUUGUAUCAUGCAGCUCGCUUUUCCAAAUGCAAUAUACCUUGUUGAUGCCAUUCAGGGUGAAGAGUCACUUGUGCAAGCCUGUAAGCCUGCACUUGAGUCUAGUUACAUCACAAAAGUUAUCCAUGACUGCAAACGAGAUAGUGAGGCUUUAUACUUUCAGUUCGGCAUUAAGUUGCAUAAUGUUGUGGACACCCAGAUUGCAUAUUCUUUGAUUAAGGAGCAAGAAGGGCAGAAAAGACUGCAAGAUGACCACAUAUCAUUUGUUCGCCUGCUUGCUGACCCCCAAUAUGGAGGCAUAUCAUAUGUUGAGAAGGAAGAAGUUCGUGUUUUCUUGAGGCAGGAUCCCAAGUUCUGGGCGCAUCGGCCAUUGUCUGAAUUAAUGGUCCGUGCAGCAGCAGAUGAUGUUCGCUUUCUUCUGUUUAUCUACCAUAAGAUGGUGGAGAAGUUAACUGAGAGGUCCUUGUGGUUUCUUGCUGUUCGUGGUGCACUUUAUUGCCGCUGUUUCUGCAUCAACAAUAAUAAUUUUGCAGAUUGGCCAGCACUGCCUACUGUUCCAGCUACUCUGGUUGCUGGUAACCAAGCUCCAGAAGAAGAAACACUAUCUGUUCUUGAUGUUCCACCAGGAAAGAUGGGAUUCGUAAUCGGGAGACGAGGAGCUAAUAUAUUGGCAAUAAAGGAAGGAUGCAGGUAUGCAAAUGCCAAUUAA